CUGCUGCUACGCCCUACGCUUACGCAGCCUCAUGUGUUCACCACCACUCCUCUUCUCCACCGUCGUCUCUACCAAACCCUAACCCCUAAAAACCCUAAUUUUCCCGCCAAUGUAUCAAUCCACAAAUCUAUCCGUUUCUUCUAGUUUCAAUCACCGAUCUCUCCUCCUCGAAUCACGAUUCCCUAUCUUCUCCACCACCGGGUUCCGCAAAUCCGUCAAUCUAAAGCCUCCCCGCGUCUCAUCGGGCCCUGAUUCCGGCGAUUCAGGUCACAGAACCUUAACCGAGCAGCUUGUCUUGCUCCUCAGAGCUGUCCCGGACUGGGCCGACGAGAUUAAAGAGCGUGGGAUGCAGCAGAAACGCUCUCUCUACACUCACGAGAAAUGGGUCGAGCACAGGAGCUCCCUCCGCCAUGUGCGACAUCUACUCUCGAGCUUUUCAUCACGCGUCAUACUCUCUCUGAUUCCACCUGUUUUCUUCUUCACAAGCGUCGCGGUUGUGAUCGCCAGCUACAACUCCGCCGUGGCUUUGGAUUGGCUUCCUGGUAUUUUCCCUAUUCUUCGAUCCUCUUCGUUGCCGUAUCAGCUCACUGCUCCGGCUUUGGCUCUUCUUCUUGUGUUUCGUACGGAGGCUUCGUAUUCUAGGUAUGAAGAAGGAAGGAAAGCUUGGGUUGGGAUCAUUGCUGGAACUAAUGAUUUAGCUAGGCAAGUCAUUUGUUCCGUUGAUAGCUCCGGUGAUGAAUUGAUCAUCAAAGAUUUGCUUCUUCGUUACAUUGCAGCUUUCCCUGUUGCUCUUAAGUGUCAUGUGAUUUAUGGUUCAGAUAUCGCAAGAGAUCUCCGGAACUUGAUAGAAGCAGAUGACCUAACUCUGAUUCUUCAAUCAAAGCAUCGUCCACGUUGUGUAAUCGAGUUCAUUUCUCAGAGCAUUGGAUUGCUAAAAUUAGACGAUUCAAAGAGAGAUUUGUUGGAAUCAAAGAUGCUCCAUUUACAUGAAGGCAUUGGAGUUUGUGAACAACUGAUGGGCAUUCCCAUUCCUCUCUCUUACACACGCUUAACCUCGAGGUUUUUAGUCUUUUGGCAUCUAACUCUACCAAUCAUUCUCUGGGAUGAAUGUCACUGGAUUGUCGUUCCUGCUACUUUCAUUAGUGCUGCAUCUCUGUUUUGCAUAGAAGAAGUGGGUGUUCUUAUAGAAGAGCCAUUUCCUAUGUUGGCCUUAGAUGAGCUUUGCGAUCUUGUGCAUAGUAACAUCCAAGAAGCUGCUAAAUCUGAGAAAGUCAUACGUAACCGCAUCAUUGCAAAGAUAAAGCUCCGUGAAUUCAAGCAUUCAUCAAAUGGUCGGCAUAGACCUUGAUUUCCACUUGUCGCAAGUAAUGACAAUCUGAUGCAUUCCUUGUGGGUAUUUGGAACACGCCAUGGCUUAGGUUAGUUUGAUAUUUACAUAUUGUAUAGAACCACCUUAUACCAUUUAGGGAUACUUUUACCUUUACGAUUGUAUAUCUUCCUUUUGUAUAUAUAUACAUAUGCAGAGUCAACCUUUACAUAAGUCAUAGUUUGUGUCAAGAACCGCAAUUAUACCAAUCUUUGCAUGAUUUAAAGUCGAUC